GGGGUAUUUGGUCUCUCAGUUAUAAACAGGUUACACAGGUUACACAAACGAAAGUACACCAACUGAAAUUGUGGACGUUUUUCGUGUCCUCUUAUCAAGAAAAUAUAACUCCCACAAAGUUUUUUUCAGGAAUUAUGUUUUUCUGUGUGACUUUCCUGAUUCUGUUCAGCUUUAUGGAAUCUAAAUCAGAGCAGUUACAGGUGAUUGGCCCAGAAGCUCCUCUUGUUGCUGUAACUGGUACAGAUCUGGUGCUGCCCUGUUUUAUCAAACCCAAUACCAGUGCUCUAGACAUGACUGUACAGUGGCUGAGAGUAGAGAGAGGGGUUUUAUCAGUGCAUAGCUAUAAGGAUCAUGAAGACAAAAAUGAAAAUCAGGCUCAAUCCUACAAAGGGAGAACAUCACUGUUUAAAGAGGAGCUACAGAAAGGCAACGCUUCACUCAAACUCUCAGCUCUCCAAGUUUCUGAUGCAGGAGAAUAUAAAUGUCUCAUUGAGGACAAAUCCUGGUAUGAUGACAUCACUGUUCAUGUAACAGUUGAGGUUCUGGGAAGCCACCCAGUGAUCAGGAUGGAGAGUUAUGAUAACUUAGGAGGGAUUAAUCUAGUGUGUGAGUCCAGAGGCUGGAAACCUGAACCUGAGGUUCUGUGGCUGGACAGAGAAGGAGUCACUCUGCCUGCUGAAGAUACACAGAUACACAGAGACACUGAGGGCUUCAGUGUGAAGAGCCACAUCACUGUUUAUGAUUAUAGUGACAACAGGUUUUACUGCAGACUUCAGCAAAGACAUCACAUGAUGGAGACACACAUUAUCAUUAAUAGGGAAGUCUUUGGUGUUUGGAAGUGGGCUGUCUUCAUUUCAGUUUCAGCAUGUCUUUUUGCUGUUGGAUUGAUAGUAACUACAGUUAUCUUUUACAAGAAAGAGCUUCAAAGGGAAAAGCAACAUGCAGAGAUGCAGAGACAGAGAGUGGAAGAUGAGUUUAUAAAAAAGAAGAAGAAGUUUGCAGUGGAUGUGACUCUGGAUCCUGAUACAGCUCAUCCUGAACUCACUGUGUCUGCUGAUGGAAAACAAGUGACACAUGGAGACACACGACAGGAUUUCCCUGAUACACCACAGAGAUUUGAUUUUCCCUGUGUUGUGGGAAAACAGAGUUUCUCCUCAGGGAGAUUUUAUUAUGAGGUGCAGGUCAGAGGGAAAACUGCAUGGACAUUAGGAGUUGUAAGACAGAACAUUAACAGGAAAGGGUGGAUGACGGCGAAUCCUCAGAAUGGAUUCUGGAUGGUGGAUCUGAGGUGUGAGAAUCAGUACAGAGCUUAUGCUGAUCCUGAUGUCCCCCUCACACUGAGAGAGAAGGUAGAUGUGGUGGGGGUGUUUGUGGAUUAUGAGGAGGGUCUGGUCUCCUUUUAUGAUGUGAAGUCCAGAUCUCAUAUCUACUCUUUCACUGGUCAGUCUUUCAAUGAGAAACUCUAUCCAUACUUCAGUCCUUGUAAUAAUAAAGGAGGUAAAAAUUCAGCACCACUGAUCAUCACUACUGUUAAUAAGUAA